CGCAUAGAAACUGAAGUUCAACCUUAUGUAGCACGAAUUCUUAUGGCCCGUUCUCUACUAGAAAGCAUAAUACCAGCAUUUGUGAGUUUAUUUAUUGGUCCUUGGUCAGAUAAAUUUGGAAGGCGACCAAUAAUUUUAACAACAUUCACAGGUUACUUCUCCGGGUUUGUGAUACUGACUACCCUUGCGUUUUUAUCGACUAAAGUUGUGAUAUCUCCAUGGUUAUUUUUACUAUCAUCCGUACCAUCUGUAUUAAGUGGUGGUACUUGCGCGCUCAUAACUGGUAUUUAUUGUUACAUAUCCGAUGUUGCGAAACCAAAAGUAAGAGCAGUACGUAUGGUUCUUAAUGAGGCUUCACUUUGCGCUGGCAUGAUGAUUGGUAAUGUAGCCAGUGGCUAUAUAUAUGGCGCUACCAAUGUGGUAACAGUUUUCUUUAUAUCAGCCAUAUUUAUGGUGUUAGCAUUACUUUAUGUCUAUAUUUUCGUGGUGGAAAGUCUUACUGUAGAACAGAUACACCCUGGCUCUAAAAUACGUCAAUUUUUCCGUUUCGAUUUGGUGAAAGAUCUUGUACGUACUUGCUUCGAAAGACGACCAAGCUAUGAUCGUGCAAUUAUUUGGUUAACAAUGAUGUCUUUGACAAUAGCCAUAUUUACUAUGGAGGGUGACAAUAAUGUUACAUAUCUUUUUGUGCGGAAGAAGUUUGAUUGGACUCUGAAAGACUACAGUUUAUUUAGUGCUGCUCGCAUUGUAGUCCAAAUUGUAGGCAGUAUUUUUGCCAUGAUAUUUUUAAAAAGGGUAUUGAAGUUCUCUAUAAUUACUAUGACGAUGAUUUCUUUGGCUUGCUGUGUGCUUGAAAGUACAGUACGUGCCACUGCAAUCGUUUGGUGGGAAAUGUACUUAGGCCUGAGUUUAGGUUUUAUGCGCGGCAUAAUGGGUCCUAUGUCUCGUGCGAUUUUAUCACAUGUUGCACCAGCAACUGAAGUUGGUAAAAUAUAUGCUUUAACAACAUCUCUGGAGUGCGUAUCACCACUUGGUGCAGCUCCUCUAUAUACUUUAGUAUAUAAUUUAACGCUAUCAUAUUAUCCUGGAGCAUUUAACUUUAUAAGUGCUGGACUUUAUCUACUAUGCUUUACAUUAAUAUCCACAAUUUAUGGCAUACAAAAAUCGAUGGGUAGUACUGCUGCUUAUGAGGCUAUCGGAAGUUAGUCACAAUUUUAGAUACAUUUUAAUCAGGAUUAAAUUUUAGAAACAUUUUAUCGUAUCAAAGUGAUCUUUCUUUAUGACUAUAGUAUUUGUAUAAUGAAAUUUAUAAAUCUAUUAAAUGUAUAUUUAAAAUAAGAUAAUUUAAAUA